AUGUCUGGCUCACUUUCGGCUCUCCAGUAUCUCGACAACACCCACUCUCUGAAUUGCACUACCUCUGCCUACUGUCAACAGAAUACACUAUCCACAAAGUCCGGAAGUAUGUAUCAAAAACUGAAGAAAACCUUUUCAACCCGCAAACCUUCAAAGUCAAGCAACGAUUACAUUUCGUGGGACACAGAAGGUGCUGGACAGACACUGAGUAGUACGCCUGCAGCUGCACCGGUCAGCAAAAGAAGCUCUGGAUCCCGCGACAAUGGUCUCGCACCACCCUCACGUACUAAUCCAUUUGCAUCGGCAUCACCGGCUACACGAAGGCCCAUGUUUCCUUCAAAUACUGACUUCCUAACAGACAGCUCAAAUGUAAAUCCUUUUAGUUCUAAUCGCGAAGCCCCGCCAGCUUACACACCAAGCCCAACUCAGAACGAUCAUGUAGCAAUUUCAGCUCCAGCUAACGGUCCUUUGGACGAUGAUCCUUAUGACUUCCUCAGAACUUUCGACACAGUCUUUCUAAUCGACGACUCAGGAUCCAUGGCCGGUCGCUCUUGGAGGGAGACUGCUAAGGCUCUUGAGAUGAUUGCACCGAUUUGUACGCAGCGGGAUGCCGAUGGGAUCGAUAUCUACUUCCUCAAUCACCCAGAUUCUAGCCUUUACAAGAACGUCACAUCAGCGAGUACCAUCAUCGAGAUCUUCCAGACUGUGCGUCCCAGCGGUGGUACACCAACCGGUCAGCGGUUGAAUAAGAUCUUGAAGUCAUAUAUUCGGCGAUUUGAGAAAGACAAGACUAUCAAGCCCAUGAACGUUAUUGUCAUCACCGAUGGUGUACCGUCGGACGACGUCGAAUCUGUUAUUGUCUCAGCAGCGGUAAGGCUCAAUGCGGAGUUCGCAGAAGCGUGGCAAGUCGGUGUUCAGUUUUUCCAAGUUGGGAAGGAACCCGGUGCGCGAGAUCAUCUCAAGCAGCUUGAUGACGAUCUACCUGAGCUGGUUCGCGAGGCCGGCAAUGGGACUCGUAGGGAUAUGGUAGAUACGAUACCUUUCACCGGUGAAGGGGAUACUGAACUUACUGGCGCCGGAAUACUCAAAGCAGUGCUUGGAGCCGUCAACAGGCGCUGGGAUCGUAAUUCCAAGGACUUACAUCGUAGCUAG